AUGGCGGUAAUCCGCCGCGAAACGCGCCGCCACUACCGCUGGCCGGAGAUCCAGUUCCAUCUCUUGAUCAUGGUCGUGCUCUCCGGGUCCGCGACAUGCCUGGGGAUCUUUGCGUGGUUCAUGGCUGUACAAUCGCAGAUGGAUCUCGGAACACCUUGGCUCUUCCCAUACAUGGUAGUAGCCAGCGCCCUGGGUGUCUUCUUCGUCCUCCUAGUCGUCCUCCUUAUCUUGCGCGGCUUCCUCUUACCGGGGAUCGUCAUCAUCGGCAGCUUCAUCCUCUUCGUCCUGUGGCUGACGGGUCUGAUUGAAACCUCGUUGCUCCUGUAUGGUGUUACGGGCAAUGUGAAUGAUAAUUGCCAGAUCUACGUCGUGGAAAAUGUGGCGAGGGGGAAUACUAUUGAUACGCUGGCUUGGUUGACGCAGAGUACCAUCUGUAAUUGCUGGAAAACGGCGUUUGCAUUCGAGCUCGUCAAUACCGUCUUCUACUUCUGGAUGAUGGUCAUGUCGUGGCAGGUGCAUCGCGAUUUUAUGGUUGAUUGA